AGCAAAGCAAAAUAGAGAAUUUGUUUUCAGUUAUCAGGCAGACAAGACGUCGUUUAGACUAAUUCCGUUCUUGCUCUCAAUUUUAAUUCUUUUUUUUCUGAAAAUGUUACUCGAGAUUGCAAUAUUUGUGGUGAUUUUGUUAAUCCUUUUAGUGAUUUGGCGAUGGAAUUACUCCUUUUGGGAUCGCUUAGAGAUUUCGGGGCCCAAACCUUCUCUUCUAUUUGGAAAUUUCCCAAAUUAUUUGCAAAGAAACUUCAUCUACGACUUGGAUGAUAUCUACAAACAAUACCGCGGAUGUCCUUUUGUGGGAAUUUAUGCCGUGAGAAAGCCCAAAGUCUUCAUAACAGAUCCUGAAUUUUCCAAGAAAGUUCUCACGACGAAUUUUCGAAAUUUUCGCAACAAUGAAGAAUGCGACAUGGUUGAUGAGAAAUCUGACCCAAUUGUGGCGCUCAAUCCCUUCUGGAUGCGCGACGAUGAGUGGAAGAGGAUCAGGCAGGAGAUUACACCAGCUUUCAGCAAUAAUCGCGUCAAAGCACAAUAUCCCAUCUUGGAAGCUACCUGCCACAAGAUGACAAAUUACCUGAAACGUCGUGUGAAAUCUCAAGGAUCUAAUGUUAAGGUGGAAGAGAUUUCCCGGCGGUUAACUAACGAAAAUCUAAUGAAUUGCAUUUUUGGCCUGGAAUCCCAUGCUUUCGACGAGGACAAGAGGAGCUCACUGCAAAUGUUCAAGGACUACGUCUUUGAAUUCGCAGGGAUUGAUUCGUUCUUCGCAAAGAUAUUUAUUUGGCCACUUUUUAAGGAUUUCUACAAAUACAAUCUCCUAAAGCCACGGAUUAAGAGCUUCUUUGUGGAUAUGCUGAAGCAUGGAAUUGCCUUUAGGACUAAAAAUCCAGGAAGUCGCGAGGAUUUUCUGGCAUUUCUUAUGCAAAUGCACGAGAAGAAGGGCACUUCGGUUGAUGGAAUGGUGGCUCAUGCACUCACAUUCAUCCUUGAUGGAUUUGAAACUUCAGGCAUUAUGAUGGAUACGGUUCUGUACGAAAUGGCCAAACAUCCACGUGUUCAGGAGAAAUUGAGGAAAGUCAUUGAGGAAGAAAUUACCAGCUCGGGUGGGAGUUUGUCGUAUGAAACCCUUUGUGAUUUGCCUUAUCUAGAUCAAGUGGUUAAUGAAACAAUAAGGCUCCACCCACCACUACUCUUUCUCAUGAAGCAAUGCAAUGAAUCCGUGGAGGUGCCCUUCAAUGAUGGCAAAGAAACCAAAAUUAUCCCCAAAGGAGUCAGCGCCUUGAUAUCAACCUACUCCCUCGGACGUGACCCAAUUCUCUAUGAAAACCCCAAUGAUUUCUACCCUGAGAGAUUUGACGAUGGCGCAGUUAAGGAUUACAAGGAUAAGGGAGUUUUUCUUCCAUUCGGUGAUGGGCCACGGAUUUGCAUUGGUAUGAGAUUUGCUUUGGCACAAAUCAAAACUGCCAUCGUGGAGAUUGUGAGGAAUUUUAAAUUUACUCUCAGUUCCGAAAUGAAGGAGCCACUGAUGCUAGGAAGGUCCUUUUUCGGUGUUACAGAACAAAGUAUUGAAGUGAAUUUUGUUCCUCUGACAGAGGAAUAGGGGAUACUUAAAGGACACAGAAUGUUCAACUCACAGAGUAAGCUUAAAUACAUUUAAGAAUUAUUUGACUAAAUAUUAAUAAAAUUAAAUAAAUUCCCUCAAGAAGAAAAA